AUGCAUGAACUAAGUUCAUUGACUGUAAUCGACGAUAAAUUAUUACCUUUCGACCAAAAAUCUGUGCCUGGAUUUUUGUCUGGCAUUCUCGUUGAAUUAAUUGCUGGAUGGAAAUUUUCUGCCGUUUUAUGUUCGAUCAAUACUUUUUAUAUUGGCGUUUGCUGGUAUGUCGAAGCAUGCAUCAAUGAUUUACAAAGCAUUUUCGAUGAAAUUGAUGCAUUUCUAACGGCAAAUGACGGCGAUGAAAACAAUGACAAUGGUUUAACAAAAUUUACCUUGAGACGGAGUUUACUUGAAGCUGUUGAUUUUCAUAAGAGAAUUUUAAGUUUGAUCGAAAACUUUGCCUCUCUUGUCGAUGGAGUGAUUUUUUUGACCUUUAGCGGGGGAACUGUGUGGCUAUCUACAUCGAUGGCACAGUUUAUGGACAUCAAUAUUAAACUGUUCCAGCCAGCGGUUUCGAAUUUCUUGAUUUUGGUUUGGUUGUUCGUUUAUUGUUUUUACGGUAAUUUGAUCACAUGGAAAUGUUUGCAAGUUGCUGAUUUUGCUUAUCACUCGAAAUUCUACAAUUAUCCGAAUGAUCUUAAGAUUUUCACAUUACUUAUGAUGGAAAGAUCGCAACGUCCGUUUUAUAUUACCGGCUAUAAGAUCACUAAGUGCUCGUUGGAAAGCUAUACACGGUUUUUGAACACAGCCCUGUCAUUUUACAUGCUCUUCAGAAACCUUUGGUGAAUAUUGAUACAAGAGGAAUCAACAGGGGAAUCAAAUGAUAUCUAUCUUGUUGUUUACUGUUACACUUAUACGCACUAAGCACAUGAAAAUUGUUUCGAUUCACCUUCAAGCCAAAAAACAGCUAUAGUUUUUGGAGUGAGAGCAGUGACUUUUUUUUGGCCCGCUCGCGUUCGGGUUCGAUUUUAUUCAGCGUCCCUUGAAGCGCUCUCAUGCCUUUCUUUCAAAUCCAAUCAUAAGCAGUGCUUAAUAAGCACCCAGAGAUCGACCGCCUUCGGUGUUCUCGCGACCGGGUGCAAUGCAUUGAAUGAGCCGUUCGCUUCCUGGUAAAAAAAAAGUCCCUGGGUGACAUUCAAAGUUUUCACUCGCACCAUACACAACUAGCACAACAUUGAAAUAUGACAGCAGUAAGUGUGAGAGGGAUAAAAUUCCUCCCAGAUCCAUGUAUUUUCAAAUUGAAUGGCGUUACAAUCGAACUGAAUGAUAUCGCGUAUUUUUCAAGUGUAUGAAUAUUUUCAUCAGAUAUUUUUCGUGUAUGCACAAUGCACAUGCACAAUGCACAUGCACAAUACCCAUCAACAACAAGUAAAUAAAACAUGCAUUUCUUUCUAAA